ACUCUGAAGGACUCCAAUUUCUGGAGCGAUAAAACGGUUGUUGGAGAGAUCCAGGGGGUGCAACUUGUUGCACAAGAACAGGGGAAAGCUCGGCUGGAGGUCUGGGACUGGAGGGUCCGCGAGGCCGGGGCUCAGGGAAGGAGGGGAGUAGACUGGUCAGCGGAGGAACAGGAAUCCAGGGAAGUCCGGACCCCAACCUGGUCUGGUCUGAAUGGCGACGAGCUUGCGGAGGACGAGCAUGCGCUACCAGGGGGCAAGGCCCUUAUAAAUGGAACGGCGCUCCUUAAAUACCACCAAGGAAUGUUUACCCUCACAGAAGUAGCCUCUCUGAAUGACAUCCAACCAACUUAUAGAAUCCUGAAACCAUGGUGGGAUGUCUUCAUGGACUAUCUUGGUAUUGUCAUGCUGAUGUUGGCCAUAUUUUCGGGAACCAUGCAGUUAACGAAGGAUCAAGUUGUUUGUCUUCCAAUCAUGGAACAAACUACAGAGAGAGUCAGCAAUUUUUUGGAAACCCAGUCCCCAGAGCCAAUUGAUGAUUUAUGGAAAAAAGAGAGUGCAAUUGGGGAGGAAGCUGCUCCUUUGAUGGCUAAAAGGCCUCCUGACAGCAUGACCCAUUCACUUAGCUCAACACAGUCUCCUGCUUUUGGGCAGCCCCAGCCUAAAGGUGUCAAGACCAAACUGGAUUUUCAGCAAUAUGUUUUUGUCAACCAGAUGUGCUACCAUGUUGCUCUUCCUUGGUAUUCUAAGUAUUUCCCUUACCUUGCUUUAAUUCACACUAUUGUGUUGAUGGUCAGUAGCAACUUCUGGUUCAAAUAUCCAAAGACAAGUUCAAAAAUAGAACAUUUUGUUUCCAUACUUGGAAAAUGUUUUGAAUCACCUUGGACUACCAAAGCCCUGUCUGAGACUGCAUGUGAGGACUCUGAAGAGAACAAGCAGAGACUAGCUGGGGUGUCGUCUCUCUUGAAACAUCUGUCUACAAGCAGUGAGGAGGGUACUCCAAACCAGUCCGCUCCAGUAUUAACUAAAUCAGGGGUUGCCUUUUCUGCUGAAAAACUUGUCAGUGAAGUUCCAUCCAUGACUAUACUGGACAAGAAAGAUGGUGAGCAGGCAAAGGCCCUUUUUGAAAAAGUUCGGAAAUUCCGUGCCCAUGUGGAAGACAGUGAUUUGAUUUACAAACUCUAUGCCAUUCAGACAGUCAUCAAAACUGUGAAGUUUAUUUUAAUCCUAUGUUACACAAUGACAUUUGUGGCAUCCAUAGAUUUCGACCAUGUGUGUGAACCUGAAAUAAAGCAUUUGACUGGAUAUGCUAAAUUUCAUUGUACACAUAACAUGGCUUUCAUGUUGAAGAAACUGCUUGUCAGUUAUAUUGCUCUAAUAUGCGUUUAUGGCAUUAUCUGCAUAUACACACUGUUCUGGCUUUUUCGGCGACCCCUAAAGGAGUAUUCCUUUGAAAAAGUCAGAGAGGAGAGCAGCUUCAGUGACAUUCCUGAUGUGAAGAAUGAUUUUGCAUUCCUCCUGCACAUGGUUGAUCAGUAUGACCAGCUGUAUUCAAAGCGUUUUGGUGUUUUUCUCUCUGAGGUGAGUGAGAAUAAACUUCGGGAGAUCAGCCUAAAUCACGAGUGGACUUUUGAGAAGUUGAGGCAACACAUAACACGAAAUCCUCAAGAUAAGUUGGAACUUCACCUGUUCAUGUUGUCUGGUGUCCCAGACGCUGUGUUUGAUCUCACUGACCUGGAAAUCCUGAAAUUAGAGUUAAUCCCAGAGGCUAGGAUAACAGCAAAGAUCUCGCAGAUGAUCAAUCUUCAUGAACUGCACUUCUACCACUGUCCUGCCAAAGUUGAGCAGACUGCUUUCAUUUUUCUCUGUGAUCACCUUCGGUGCCUUCAUGUCAAAUUCACAGAUGUUGCUGAGAUACCUAGUUGGGUGUACUUGUUAAAAAAUCUACGAGAGUUGUAUUUGGUUGGCAACCUAAACUCUGAAAACAACAAGCUAAUUGGACUUGAGUCUCUGCGAGAUCUCAGACACUUAAAGAUUUUGCAUCUCAAAAGCAACCUCACAAAGAUUCCAACAAAUAUAACAGAUUUAUCUCCACAUUUAAUAAGACUUGUGAUUCAUAAUGAUGGCACAAAACUCUUAGUACUGAAUAGUUUGAAGAAAAUGAUGAAUCUUGCAGAGCUGGAGCUGCAUAACUGUGAGCUGGAGCGGAUACCCCAUGCCAUCUUUAGUUUGAACAACCUUCAGGAACUUGAUCUAAAAUCCAACAACAUUCGUACCAUUGAAGAGGUCAUCAGCUUUCAGCACCUCAAAAGACUAGUCUGCCUCAAACUAUGGUACAAUAAGAUCAUCACCAUUCCACUGUCUAUCAGCCACGUUAAAAACCUGGAGUCAUUGUAUCUCUCUCACAACAAGCUGGAAACUCUGCCCUCGCCAUUAUUUACCCUCCUCAAGUUGAGAUACCUUGACGUGAGCCAUAAUUCCAUAGUCGUAAUACCACUGGAGAUAGGCUUUCUGCAGAAUCUUCAACAUUUUGCCAUUACAGCUAACAAAAUUGAGGCAGUCCCGAAGCAAAUGUUCAAGUGCUCAAAGCUAAGGACAUUAUGUCUUGGCCACAAUUGUAUUUCUUUCAUUCCUGACAAAAUUGGCAACCUCUCGCAGCUCACACAUCUGGAAUUGAAGGGAAACUGUCUAGAUCGUCUCCCAUCUCAGCUUGGUCAGAGCAUCCUUCUACGCAGGAGCUGCUUAGUGGUGGAGGAUCACCUUUUUGAGUCGCUACCCGUUGAAGUUAAAGAAAGGACAGUAGCUGCAAUCGAAAGUGUUGUGGAAGAGGUGGUGAUAAGCUUAAGACGACUUCGUGAUGCAGCAGAACUGAAACACGACGAGUCUAUUCUAAUGCAUAUAUGGGAUAAAGACUGUGUUGCAGUUGAGGCCAGACUGGACACUUUGGAGUGCAUGGUAGAUCCCCAAUGGCUGGACGCUGUCACAAUUUCAGUUCCGAAAAGUAGGUACCUCAGUGAGACGCUGGGCAGCAGCAAUGAGAUCUUUGGCAUUUUCAGGCGCAGGCGCAGGCUGGACUAUGGAUGCCAGGAGAUAACCCUUUUCGACGAUAAGGUUUCCCGCUUUGACCCCAGCCGUCAGGCUGAGGCGCACCUCCUCAGGGUGGCACGUACAACCAUGUUGGAGCCCGGCUCCAACAUGGCUCUGUAUGCCGAGAGCUGCUCCAGCCUGUCACAGGUUGACCGCCAUAAGCUGGCAACCCUGCUGUGGUCCUAUAGAGACAUCUUCUCUGUCAGCCCCACUGACCUUGGCCGAAGCAGCCGCCACACAGGAUGGCUAGGGAUCAGCAGGUUGAGGGCCAUGAAUGAGCACCCUCGGGACAAGAGGUCUCUGGAGGCUGGGGUGCGGCGUGGAGGGAGUCCGGUACAUGCUGCUGUACAUGGCCGCGGCUGCCGCAGCCGCCGUCGUGCUGUCAACGGUACCGAGCAGGCUCGGAUGAUUGAGAGCCGCUGCCAGGUCCAUGCGGUCCUGAACACUGAGGUAUUUUUGACGCUCAAAACUCCUCUCCAGCUGGUUGAGCUGGUGGUCCGUAAAGGCUGUCCGUGCUUUGCGAGCGCAACCGGCCCCGGCGAGCAGCGGUUGCUGCUGAUGCUGCGGCGACAGCGCCAAACUCUGUGGCUGGCUGUGGUGAUGGUGGUGAUGCUGAAGGGUGUCCUGCACCACAUGCGGAUCAGCGGCGUUCUCCAUGGGCAGUGUCUUUGA